UCCUCCGCUCUGGGGGCUAGAGUGGUCAGGGCUACGGCUCCGGGCGCUGUCUCCUCAGAGCCGCGGGGCGGGGUUUGCGCAGGGCCCCGCUGGAGACUGUGGGAACGGAAAAUGGUGGGUUGUGGCCCGAGGUCCCGAGUCGGGCUCUCAGCUUUUCCAGAGGUGGGCGGAGGUCAUAGCUGGGCCACAGACGGCACCAGGGUCAGGCCCGCCCCUGUGGGGCGCAGCAUGGCUGCGCUGCCAGAGAGUCUGCUGUGUGUCUCCAAGAUCAAAGAAAUGAACCUAUCUGUGAAGGCAGUAACCUUUGAAGAUGUGGCUGUGAACUUCACCGUGGAGGAGUGGGCUUUGCUGGAUCCAACCCAAAAGAAGCUCCACAGAGAUGUGAUGUGGGAAAACUUUAGGAAUGUGGCCUCUAUAGGAAGAAAAUGGAGUGACCAGAAAAUUGAAGAUGAAUAUAAAAAUUACAGGAAAAAUUUAAGAAGUGAAGAGGUGGAGAAAUGCUGGCAACAUAAAUUAUGGUAUCAGCAUGAAGAAAUGGUUUUUAUGACUCCUGAUACUAAUAUGCACAUGAAACUGCUUGGUACAAAACCAGGUGAAGGCCUUGCCUGUAGAAAGCCCCUGAUUUGUUAUUUAUCACCAACCGUGCCAAUCAUAGAUAAUACUGGACUCAAAGCACAUGAUUAUCAUGGAUUUGAACAGAAGGUGUCUAACUGUAACAGACAAGGGAAAUCUUGUACUGAUAUCCAGUUGUUUCAGAAGCAUGCAAAGACAAGUCCUGAAGUGAAACUCUAUGGAUUUAAACAGUGUGGAAAAUCCUACUCUGAUUGCACUGAAGGAAGUAACACUGAAGAGAAUUCUUUCAUAAAAAAGCAAGAUGCGAAAGCCAUCGGUUCAGCCAAUUAUGUUCAAAGCCAGGAAAUAAAUCACAGUAGGGUGAAUACCUGUAUACCUAUACAAUGUGGAAAAUAUUUUAAUUCUCACCAUGACAUUCAGAAACAUGAAAGAGCUCACACUGGAGAAAAAUCCUAUGUAUAUAAACAAUAUGAGAAGUCCUUCACUAAUAACAAUUCCCGUGGUAAUCAUGAACAAACUCACACUGGGGAGAAACCCUAUGUAUGUAAGCAGUGUGGGAAAACUUUCACCACACAAAGUUACUGUCAAAUUCAUAAAAGAACUCACACUGGGGAGAAACCCUAUGUAUGUAAGCAGUGUGGGAAAGCUUUCAGCCAACACAGUCAUUGUCAAAUACAUGAACGAACUCAUACUGGUGAGAAACCCUAUGUAUGUAAACAAUGUGGGAAAGCUUUCAGCCAGCACAGUGUUUGUCGAACACAUGAACGAACUCACACUGGUGAGAAACCCUAUGUAUGUAAGCAAUGUGGAAAAGCUUUCACCACACACACUUAUUGUCAGAUACAUGAAAGAAAUCACACUGGUGAGAAACCCUAUAUAUGUAAGCAAUGUGGGAAAGCUUUCAGUACACAUGGUAGUUGUCGAGUACAUGAAAGAACUCACACUGGUGAGAAACCCUAUGUGUGUAAACAAUGUGGGAAAGCUUUUGCCAUACACAGUUACUGUCAAAGACAUGAACGAACUCACACUGGUGAGAAACCCUAUAUAUGUAAGCAAUGUGGGAAAGCUUUCAGCACACAUGGUAAUUGUCGAGUACAUGAAAGAACUCAUAGUGGUGAGAAACCCUAUGAGUGUAAGCAAUGUGGGAAAGCUUUCAAGCAACAGAGUAAUUGCCGAACACAUGAACAAACUCACACUGGUGAGAAACCCUAUGUGUGUAAGCAAUGUGGGAAAGCUUUCAGCAAACACUGUCAUUGUCAAGUUCAUGAAAGAACUCACACUGGAGAGAAACCCUUUGUGUGUAAGCAAUGUGGAAAAGCUUUCAAGCAACAAAGUAAUUGCCGAACACAUGAACAAACUCACACUGGUGAAAAACCAUAUAUAUGUAAGCAAUGUGGAAAUGCUUUUAGCACGCACAGUGGUUGUGUAAGACAUGAAAGGAAUCACACAGGCUAGAACCUAUGUAGGGAGUAUGGAAAAACCUUUGGUGCUAUAAUAAUGAUCAUAGACACUGAAAAACAGAAGAAAUUAACUUUGAAUUUAAAAAGUUACUUGCAUUGGCAUGACAGUGCAAAGAAGCUUUUUCUUCAUAUGUAAUGUAAACCAUCUCUGAGUACAUAGGUAUCAUCAGAUACCUGAAAGAAUUCACAGAAGAGAGAAUCAACAUAUGUGAACAAUGAGGGAAAUGUUUUACUCCAUGCAUUAAAGUACAUAAAAGAUCCACCUAAGAGGGAAGCCAUGUGUAUGCAAUAAAUGUGGGAAGCCCCUCCAUUUCCCCACUUACCUUGAAUAACAUGAAAGAGCUCCCACUAAAGUCUAUGAAAAUAAUGUGAGAAAGUGUUUUAUGAUUCUGAUAACAUCAGAAAACACGCACAAACUCAAUAUGAUUUAGUAUAAAUAUAGAAUGCAAGAAAGCCAAGAAUUAGAGGGACAGAAACAGAGAGGUGUAUUAGGGAUGAAAUACGCUAUUUUAAAGCACAUGGGCUGGAUAUUCUUCCUCCAGUAUGUCUAUAGGUGAAUGCACUGAUGAUGGCAGAAAGUAGCACAAUAAUGUUAAAUUCAGAACAGCAACCUUGCAUCCAAGUCUCCAGUACGUGGGCUUAAAGGGAAAUUUUACAUGCAAACCUUGACCUUAGUUGAAACAGUGACCUUAGUUGAAUAGGUAAAGUCAAGUUUAUUCAUGCAAUGAAAUUUUAUGGAGUCUUAAGACAAAGGAAAUCCUUCAUUUGUGACAAUGUAGUUUAUUCAAGAGAUAAGUGGAAUAUCAGGAAUAGACAAAGUAAAGAUUGAUUGUAUUUGUUUUCAGCCUGGAGUGGGGAGGUUGAGAUGUUAAUGAGAAAGUACAAAAUGGUGGCAUAGAUCUGAUAGUAACUACAGUGAUUGCAGUUCCACGUAGCAUUACAAUUGGCUGAAUGUUGUUCUUAGUGUUUUUUUCCAUAUAUUCAAAAGGUAAUUGUGUUAGAUGAUACAAAUACUAGGUAGAAAUGAUGUAAUAAUUUCACAAUAUAAACAUGAGGGUCAGAUGUCUAAGAUGACAGGAUGAAGUCUCCUGUGGGAUUCUAUUGGUUGAGAAGCACAAAGUCUCAUGGGCCUUUAUCUUACAAAUUGCCUCAUAGAUUACAUGGCCAAAUGUGCAGUUUAGCUGACAAUAGUCAUCUAUUACACUUGUUGCAGUGCCAUUUUGUUGACAGCUUGUGUCAUGUCAGGGCAAUCUGACCUGGUGUAAAAAUAUACGCAGUUAUUCUUAUACCUAAGUUAAAUUUGUUUAAAUAAAAUGUCGCUUUAGGAAAGAGCAAUGUUGAGGCCUUGAAUUUUUGGCAACUUGGCUGUAAUUCUUGUUACAAUUCAUAGGCUCAUACUUUGUAACAUUUAAGAAAAUAAAGAUGCCCAAUAUAUAAUUUUCAUCAUGACCAAAACUGUUACAUGGUACAUUCCACCUAGGCUGUACUUGACAAUAAGCAUUUCUAUUGUGUGUGGUUUUUUGUUUCUUUUUUGGUACUGGGGAUAAGGCAGGAAAUGGAACCACCGAGCUAAAUCCCUGGCCCUCUGUUGUGGUUUUUGUUUGGCCUUUAAAUGCCAUUCUUCAUUUUGAUUAGUUUUAAUUAUUUUCAUUUCCAUUGUUUCCACUACAUGGAUACUGUCAUUAUCAUUUAGUGUUCAUAUAUCAGUGUUUAAUCCAUUCUGAAAUUAUAGUACUCCCUGAAUCCCAUUCUCAGUAUUUCAGAAAAGUAUACCUCUAUUGCUGAACCUCGCUUAUCAGUUCUAGUUG